ACGCUCGCGUUUCAGUUCCAGUUACGCCAGCAACUAGAGCAGUUGACUUUGAGUAAACUAAAUACAAUUGUAUAUUAUGGAUAGCAAGCAGCAGCCGCCGCCGUACAGCGAAAUGCCGCAACCCGGCUAUACGCCCGCACAGACCUAUCAGCCGUAUCCAGCAGGACCUACACAGCCACCGCUGUAUCCACCAAUGCCACAGCCGCCACAACAAUCUACAGUGAUUAUACAGACAACAACCACAGCGAAUUUAGUGCCCAUUGGCAGUGGACCCACACGCAUGCGUUGCCCCUCCUGCCAUGCAGAGGUGGUGACUACUGUGAAGAGCACGCCCUCUGGACGCACACACUGCUGGGCAAUGAUACUUUGUUUAUUUGUCUGUUGGCCUUGCGUCUGCUUGCCCUAUUGCAUGGAUUCGUGUCAAAAUGCCAAUCAUUACUGCCCCAACUGUAGCUCAUACAUUGGCACCUUUGAAAACUAAAACCGCAUGCUAUAUAAUCUUAAUAUAUAUGUAUAUUUUAUAUAAUUACUCAGUCACUUGCAUUGUUGUUAAAACGAUUUUCUUAAAAAUAAACUGUAAAUAUGAUAUAUAA